AUGAGCAAGGUUUAAUUCAUGGAUCAAUUAUUAAGAGAUUUCAGGGAAGUUAGUGGUGUACAAAAUAAGUCAUCUGUUAAUGAGUCUUUCUUGAAAGAAGAUAGCACAGGUCCUUAAAUAAUACUGACUAAUAAUAAAAAUAGAUUGAAGUUAAAAGAAUAUAAUAAAAAGUUAACUCAUUACAAAUAAGAAAUGGUUAAUAUUUAAAAUUAGAUUGAUUUGGAAUAUGCUAGAUUCAAAGAAUCGAAAAUAUCUAUGGCCACAAUCAUAACAAGGGAGAUUAAUAAAUUAUAAAAACAAGAUGAAGAUUAAAUCAAAGAGGUGUUGACUUUUAUAAGAAAAUUAAUUGAAUUUAAUCAAAAGAUAACUCUAGAAAUUGAAAACGUAUUUGAAAAGUAAUGAUAAGUGCCCUAUAUCAUAUUAGUCAAUAAACAGUGUCUUCUUAAGAAGUUGAAGCUGCUGCUCAGGUGUUCCAAGAAGUUGAAUAAUAAGUGUUAGCUUUAAAGGAUAAAAGAUUAGACCUAGUAUCUAUGGACUUUAAAUUAUUGUCUAUGAGUGAAUACAAUAGAAUUACCUUAUAAUUAUAAGAAUAGAAACUUAAUUCUUAAGAAUAUUAAAAUAGUCUAUUUAAAAAUGAAUAGAAAAUAAAUAUGAUGUUAAGCUAAUAAUUGGAAGAGAAAAAUCAAAUAAUUUAAUAAUUAUAAAAUAAUACUUUAUGGGAAUAAUGGAGAGAUCAUGAAUAAUUGAUAUUCAAUUAAUUAGAGAGAUUUAGAAUUCCUUAACCAAAAUCAAAUGGAAAUCUAUUAAAUUAUGUAUUUGAUUAUUUAGAUUAAAUGGUUAAUAGUGAAGAAUGCAAAAUAAAAGAUUUACAUAAUUAGAUUUUCAAAUAUUAAAAAGAAAUUGAUGAAGUAAAAUAAGAAAAUGAUAUUAUAAUGAAGGAAAAUAAACAAAUAUAAAAUUAAAUCAAACAAAGAAUUGAUGAGAAACAUUAAGAAAAAUUGCAACUUCAAGAUAAAAUGAAAAAUAUUCUAAAUAAUAGUAUUGAAGUUGAAAAAGAGAAUUAAGUUUACAAUAAUUAAUUAUAAAUGUAUACUCAUUAAAUUAAAUAACUUUAAAAGAGUAAUACAAAUUUAUAUAAAGAAUUGUAAAAAUACAAAAAUGAUGUAAAUGAAUUAAAUGAUAUCAGAUUAAAAUUAGAAGAUUAAUGUGAAAAUUAUUUGUCAAUUAUUGAAAGACUUAAUAAAUAAAAUAAUGAGUUAGAAUCAAUAUUAUAUUAAUCUAAAAAUAAUGAAAAUGAUGAAAUCAAUUAAUAUAUACAAUUAUCCAAAUCUUAAUCAAAAAGAAUAUAAUAAUUAGAAUCUGAAUUAAAUAAUACUUAAUAAUAGAAUUCAAAUUUAUCAGAUAAAUAAAAAGAAUAAGAUGAAUAAUUGAGAUAAUUAAGAAAUUAAAUUUAAGAUCUUUAAAAUUCAAUUAAUAAUCAAUAAAAUGAAAUUAAAAAAUAAAUGAGGUUGAAUGAUGCAUUAUAAAAAUAAUUGAAAGAAAGUUAUGAAAUGAAUAAUACCUAAAAUUCUGAUAUUAAAGAAUUAGAUGAAGAUAUUAAGUAUUAAAUUAAAUACAAUGAAUUAUAAAAAGAAUAUAAAGAAUAUAAAGUAUAAACAGAAAAUAGAUUAAAAAAAUUAUUAUCAUAAUCAUAGGAAUUUUAAUAGAAGUUUUAAAUAAAAGAAUAAGAAAAAUUAUUGGAAAGUCAUAAAAUGAUUGAAAAAGAAACAUCUCUUUAGAAUGAAAAUCAAAUUUUAAAUUAAAAACUUAAUAUAUUAUAAGAGUAAUUGAAAUAAUAAGAAAUUAAUUAUUUGAAUGAAAUUAAAGUUACUAAACUUGCUUUAGAUUAAGCACAAGUAUAAUAUCAAUAAUAAUCUUAAUUAUUUGAUAAGUUAAAACUUUAAACUUCAUAAUUAGAAUUAGUAAUUAUUUAAUUUGUAUUUUUUAGGCUAUUUUAGAAAAAUAAAAUUUGAUCUAAGAACUUUAAGAAGAAUUAGAUAGUAAUUCUGCUUAGUAUGAACAAUAAAACAAUGAAAUUUAAUAGGAAUACAAUUGUAUUCUUGAAGUAUAAAUUUAUAAAUACAUUUAGGAAAAAUAAUCUGAAAUCUAAGAACUUUAAUAAGCAAUAUCCAAAUAAAAACAUGAGAUUAUGCUUUAACAAAGAUAAAUUGAUUAGUUAGAAUUUUAGAAAUAAUAAGAUUUAUUAUAAUACAAAAUAGAGAAUGAUAAAAAGUCGCUUUAAUUUGCAAAGGAAUUAGAAUAAGUCAAAGAUGUCUUAAAUUCUUCUGUAAACUUUUAGUAAUUAAAAGAAAAUGAAAAAUCAUUUUAGAAGAAAAUACCAUUAGUUUAGGAAUCAUCAUCUAUUGUUAAAACAUAAUAACAAUAUGAAUAGAUUAUUUAAGACUUAGUUUAAUAAUACGAUAAAUAGAUAAAUUAUUUACAAGACUAAUUGCACCUUUAAAAUAGAUAUGAUUCAUAAUAAAAUCGUAAUUGUUAAAAACCUCCAAGAGGUUAACAUAAAAGUCCCAACUGCUAUACUAACUCUCCAGCCUCUUCUAUUAAAUAAAGCUUUUAUAGAGAAGUGGCUAAAUUCUCAAAAGAUUUAGAUGAAUCAUAAGAAUCUAAUUCAUAAAAAAGACCAACAGGAAUCAUUAAAAAAAAUCAACAUAUUUUUAUUGAAGAUGAUAAUAAUAAUACAAGUUAAGAAUAAGCUUCAUCAGUUUAAAAUUAUAGCAGUUCAGGAAGAAUAUAAAUAAAUGAUCAUGCUGUACAAACUGAUUAAUAAAAUGAAGAUAUAUUCCCUCCUUUUGAUCAUAGAAUUUGUUUAAGGUGUAAAAAAAAUGAUAUGAUUGCUCCAAAUUUUUGUAAAUUUAAGGAAGUGAAUUAGUUUACAGAUUUAAGCAAUGUAAUUUAUAUAAUAUAUGAUAGAGUUAAGGCAGUGCAAAUAGAUUAAAAUCUUCUAGAGUAUUGAAAGAACAUAUAUAUGGAAGUAAUUUAAGUUGGAGAUAAAGGGAAACUAAUUCAAUCACAAAGUCAAACUAUUUUUCUAUUGGAGAUAAGACAUCAUAAGGAAUCAAUACAAUUUUAAGUUUAAUUAAUAUAGAGAAUACUUAAUUCAAAAGAAGUACUAGUUAAACAAGAAAUAAAAGAAACUCAGAAAGUUUGUCAAUAUCAUUUAGUUCUAAAAUGGAUACAAACAGAAGUAAUUAAUGA